UAAUCUGUAGAGAUUAUCAAUGAGCUUUUUGUAUAAUUGUAGAUGGAUACCGGACCUGUCUACAGGCAGAUUUGGUGAACUUCGCCUUGGUUUCCUCCAGAUCUUUUACACACAGUUUACAAACUUCAGUAGGUUUGAUGUCGGAAGCCAUUCCUGAAGAUUAAUGCUAGCCUGACUUCAAAGUCUGUUCUUAAUAACGGUUUCAAUCUUCCUCCGGCUGGAAAGCCAGGCGUUUCAUCCGUCUGACUCAGACUAUGUUCCUUUGGAUGAAAGAAAGUUGGAUUGAAAAGUCACCAUGCAGCUUUCUUCCUGUGUUUAACCAGAUCCAGGACCAGAGCCAGCAGGUAGCUGGUUCUGUCUAAAGACCCAAUUUGGUAGAAAGAGGGAGAAAAAAAAAAAAACGUCCGCUCAAGUACGACAUGACCUGGAGGACGCUGAAACACCAGCGUCAGUUUCCAGAGUAAGGUGAAACGAAGAAAGAAGUCUCUGCUUCAAACUGUAAACUUUCAAGCGUUGCUGAAAUGAGUUAUGAUCAGACAAGGCAAAAAUUGAAAAACGUUUUGAAGAGUCAAAGGAAGAUGUUCAACCAAAAAAAGUUGCAUGACAAUUGACAAAUGAGAUAUAAUAUAAAAUGUUUGGGAGCAGGGAUGAGGGAACCGCCGCAGACCGGAGCUUUGAUGUCGUGUUGGCAGUAUGUUUGCCCAGCAGGUCUGUUCUUCACAAGAGCCGGUAGCCAGACAGACACUCUGGGUUACUGUAAGGAUGCUGUCUGAAGACAAGAAACUCUGCAGGUAGGACAGUCCCAACAAGCCAGAAACACACACACAAAAUCACCCUAGGCGGUUAAAAUAAUAAAUCUGUGCACAUUUAUCCGUUUUGAAGGCGCUCACCUGUAAUGUGCUGGCGCAUGUAACACACUAACGCACAAUGCUCGGGUACGGAGGAGCAGAUGUGGGGGUCAGGAAGGACGAACUCCAUCUUACAGCUCCAUCCACCUUUAAACACCUGGUGUGCUCAAAGAUGAGACGUUGAAGACACUGGAAGAAGCUUCAGUGGAAGAACCAAAUGCAGAUCCAGUCUUUACCUCUCUGGCGUUACGGCUUCCCCACUGCUAAACCACUGCUGACCUGCAGGUGGCAAUAUGACCAGAUCCCAUCCAUACCCUGAGGCAGAGCCCCCUCCAUAAUAAUCCCGUCAGCCGGGACGUCCUGAACCAGUGCCAUGGUUGAGUUUUAUGAGCCAUGUUUCUGAUUUAAGAUACUCGGGAAGGACGUGACUCACAGCUUGCUGAGUGAGAGGGCGAGGCUCAGAGGACUCUGUGCGUUUCCUCCUCAAAUGUUUCAGCAGAUGAGAGCGGUAACGAUGCUUACAGAGAGGAGUCAGAUUACCCAGGAUGUCUGUAACACGCUCGGUUGAAAACCAGUGGGGGCAAAAAUUCAGAAUACAAAGAAACUGAUUUGUUCAAUUGGAAAGCGUGAAGUCAACGGAGACGAAAGUUGAAGUUUCCGAGAUGAAAGUUUAGAACUUCUCUAAAUCAUCUGCUUUGGUUUUGAAUCUGUUACCACAUAGUUUUCCUUCCCUCAUUGGCAAGUGGACAGUGAAAAGCAGAAUAAUGAAGCAUGAAUUUUUCCUGCAUGAUUUUACAAAAUACAAAACCUCUUGAAAAGCAAACUGAAGACAGACCAGCGUGUUCUGCUUUAUUUCAGUCUGAGUAGAUGGGAUGAAAUGUGCUCUAUAAGUAAAAUUAAAAUAACUAGCUGACUUCAAAGGCAUGACAGGACUCAGUGUUCCCCCACAAGGUCUGAGGUUUCACACAUUUUACUUGAAAUAUCUUUAAAGUCAAAUAAAAAAACAUACAUAUUUCAUCUACUCGCAAUCAGUUAGAUAGCGUACUAUUAUUUUGAUACAUUUUCAAGGGUGGCUUUAUGGUCACUCACGUUAAUUGUAAAGUGUCUUAAAAUAUGCUUCGCAACUAAAUAAAAUCUGUUAUGAUAACAAAACAUUUGUAGAAAAUAAAAAGAUGAACAAUGCCAUUUUUGCCCCAAUCAUUUACUGCAUUUCACCUUAAACUGGACAACGGUUGAUGCAUCCGAGCAAAGAAAUAUGAGGCACACGAAACUGAUCUGCCUCAUGAGUUCAGGAUCUGAGCAGCUCAGAGUGUUAAAGGCCAACGAAACUGGAUCCAUACAGAGGAGUUACAUGUCAAACAGCAGAACUUUAUGACCAGCCGACCUCCGUGAAAAGUCAUGGACGCACUUUGAAUCAUAACAGUGAGAAYUGCAGGCAAACUUUUUCCAUUUUCUCUUUGCUUAGGGAAUAAUUACACAUCGAAAUCUGUAGCGUGUGGUUUGUACACUAAAGUUAAACUAACUUUACAACCUGGUGGAGAAUAGAUAACUCAUAUUCAGACCUGUUUAAUUUUUUUUUACUGACACAGACGCAGUUGGCGGGAAAAGGGACGAGCUAAGUCCUAAUUAGGAAUGUGAACAUCUAUAAAUCACAGCGUUAAAGAAGACAGAUCCUCGCUGCUGGGCGAUGCACGGCUUCAUCUGGUAGAGACGCGUCAGAUGAGAAGACUGAAAGCAGAUAUUCUGUUAUUCAGCCUCACUUCUUCUGAACAGAUGCGUGCCAGCCGACCACCGUGCAAUCCUGACACCAGGACGCUUGRGUGCGCCUCCCAUUUGCCAUUCUCCAGUUCCCAGCUUCCCCCUCGUUCGCUUCAUUCUGACAAACUAAACUGUCUUCAUAUCUGUCAGAACAGCCAUGAGUGACCAGGCCGCCUCUUCUUCUUCUUCUCUGCCCCUGCCCGGAUCAGAGGCUGUUUUUCCCUCACCGUUUGCGUCUGCAGAAUGUUGCGAGGAACAYGAGGAGUACCUGUCCUUGUUCUGUCUGGAUGACUUGGAGCCCUUGUGUAAACACUGUGCAGCUGACAGCCACGCACGCCACAGGGUUUACCUUUCAGCGGAGGCCGCGACUGACUGCAAGGAGGAGCUUAAAACAUCACUAACCGGGUUAGACGUGAAGAUUAAAAACUUCGAGGACGCAAUGCAGGCCUGCAGAGCGGCAUCCAAGUGCAACCAGACUGAUUCCCACCUCAAAGAGGAGAUCGUGAAGGAAGAAUUUGAGAAACUUCAUCAGUUCUUGAGAGAGGAGGAAGCAGCCAGACUUCAUGCGCUGAUGGAGGAGGAGGAGCAGAAGAGGAGGAAGGCUGCGGAGAGGAUAAACCGACUAAACGAGGUGAUGACAUCCCUGGAGGACAAGAUCCGGCUGACUGAACGGGAGCUCCGCGCCGGCGGAGAAGGAACUGAAUACUUGCAGGAAUACCAAGAUACAUUGAGUAGCACAUGGUGUGGUAACGCCAAGCCGGAGAGGAUUCACAGGCCUUUAAUCAACGUGGCAAAACACUUAGGCAACCUCCGAUACGCCGUUUGGGAGAAGAUGAAACAAAUCGUCCCCUAUACUCCGGUGACUCUGGAUCCCGGAGCAGCAGGCCGGGCUGCGAGGGCGUCGUCUUCAGAGCUGAGCCGGUUCCAUGUCACCGCCGGACCCCGGCAGAGCGCGGAGCAGCUCAUAAACGAGCCCGAACACAUCCACCCGCAUCCCCACAUCCUGGCAAGAGAGGGCUUUGACACCGGGGCGCACUGCUGGGACGUGGAGGUUGGGGAGACCGACAGAUGGACAGUGGGUGUAGCCGCUCCGUCAGCGCUGAAAACCGCCACAUGUGAAGCAUCUCCAGAAGCCGGACUCUGGUGCAUCAGGCUCAAGGACGGAGAGUACCAAGCUCUCACGACUCCCACUCAAACCCUCGACGUCAGCAGCUCACGCCGCCUCAACAGAGUCCGAGUAAAGUUGGACCUCGAAGGAGGGACGGUGACGUUCGUAGAUGCUGACACGGACGCGCCUCUUUUUACCUUCACGCAUUGUUUCACGGAAGCAGUCUAUCCUUACUUUGAGGCAUCGUCUGCAGGUGGAGGCGUUGCAGUGUUGGAGCAGAGAGUGAAGAUCAGCGUGGAGUCGGAGGAUCGGCCCGCAAAGGGCAACCCUCCCACGGAGAACGGUACUGCAGCAGAGAUAGCGAGAGAAACGGACGCUGAGAAGAAGUCGGCCGAAUCAUGUUGUGCGAAAAAGGAGGAACCAGGAAAACCUGAAGGAAAGGAGAAGAUGCCAAAUGCCAGAAAUGUUAAGAAGCAGAGCAGAAAGAGCAGGUUUAACGUGAGCUACCAUGUUUCACUGAACAAAGCCCUGAAUGAUGCCAACUAGUUUAACAAGAACUUAUUCUUAUUAAUAGUGGAGAGCCAACAUGUAGUUUUAUACCCUUAGAUCUAGUUUUAUCAGAACAAGAAUCCAGAGACCAGAAAAAACCCCUACUAGUUUAUAAAUGUGGAGUACUUUUUGAUUCUUUUAUUUUGUUUGUAUUUUCUCUAAUUCAUGUAAAGCACUUUGAAUUGCCUUGUUGCUGAAAAUGUGCUGUAGAAAUAAAAAUCACCUUACCGUCACUCACUGUGGAUACCUCAAAUAUAUCUAAGUGCAAAUGGAGUGAUAAAAGAAAAAAGAGCUAGACAAAUGUGAUAAAAUAAAAAUAAUUUUAAGAUCGGGUGCAAUAUUUUACAUUGUGCAAAUAUAAAUAGUUUCUUUGUUCUGCAGUAAAACUACCAAAUAAAAUGUAGGUUGAUCUAGAGAUCUUUAGUUGAUGCAUUUUAAGAUCAGUGUGUAAGAAGUUUCUCAAACA